AUGCGUGUCGAUCUGUUGAUCCUCCUUUGUUUCGAGCUUAUUCACUUGACUUUAGGUCAAGUGGAUUCAAACCACACGGAGUUAAAUCAUGUGUUUGAUAGAGUCUUUUCCCGUCGAAAGCGUUUCGUGUUAUUUCCUCCGGGAUCAAAUUUGAAGUUUACAGGUCAACUGAGUAAAGGUCUAAUCUCUGCUUAUCCCAAAGGAGUGAAUAUGAAUAUCGAGCAGGCUUGUUAUUAUCCCGUUCCCUCGAAACGCGAAGAUGUCUAUCCAAAACGAUAUCGUCAGAGAACAACGACCACGGAGAAACCAAAGACAACUACGGAACCCACCUAUGUUUGGAUACCCGGAACAAACUGGAGGUUUAAGGCCACCCCUCUGAAGAAACCCAUGCCAAUGAAACUACACCAACGCAUCGAUGUGAGGCCACAAAAACCAUCCUACGUAGAUCCUGCCAAGUGGGCACAUUGGUCCAAAUAUGGUAACCGUUACGAGAACUGGUCGCCAGCGAAUCACAAUUACGAGAAGUACAGGCAACCUGGCAGAUGGAGCAAGUGGACCACGCAGUCGCCCAAGUGGUCAAAACGCUGGUAUAGAUCUGCGGAUGGCGAGUACUAUGAUCCCGAGGUGGAACCCUAUGAGGAUGUGCGGUCUCAGCCGAUUUAUGAUCCCUACGAUCCCGACAUGACACCGCAUGGAGUAGCUCACUAUCCUGAAUUGGCGCAUCUCAAGGAUAUGCGGCAUUACAACGGACAUCGCGAUCGCAGGCAGCUUUUUGAGCACUUUGAUGGUUUCAGUAAGCUUUUGGGCAUCGAUGCUAAAGCCUGUGUUUUGAGAGCCAUCUGUGAUAGCAAACGCCUGCUUCUGCCGCGUGGAUAUUCGAUGAUUCAGGAUAUUGUGAGACUUGUGUUUACACUACCAACCGCAUCCGGAGUAGAGGAUGACUAUUCCCGUAUAAUGCAAAUGGAUGCGGACGGCUGUGACCGUCAGUUUCGCGACUCGUGUAAGCUGAACUUACUGGCCUGGCUAAUGGGUGGAAAGUGGAACUGAAUAAAGGCAACUUAAAGCAGA